GGCCUCUUUGUGUUGAAAACCACAUCAUCUUUUGACCGGCCAAACACGGCAAUUUUACCGAUUCUGCUCUUCUACUUGACGAGCUCAUUUAUCCGCCACCCGCAGCGUUCAACUGUCAUCGCCAAACCAGCUAGCUAGGGGCUCGUGCGCUAAACCACCCCUCCUCCGCAUCCCCUCUUACUUACUCCCACUCUCUCAUCCAUCUUCUCUCCUCUUCUUCAUUUUUUCUCUCCUCACACGUCCAUAUACCUACACAACCUCUACAAGACAUCUCCACAUGUCCGACUUUGCUCCCCCGUCAGGGCCUCCGCCGCCCAGGGCUCCUGAAGUCCCUUCCGGCUGGACCGCCCGGUGGAACGACCAGUAUAAAGAAUGGUUCUACGUCAACCUCUACACCAAGAAAUCCCAAUGGGACAAGCCCACGCACCCCGUCUAUCCCGAGGGUGAAGCGCCGCCUUCAGAUCCGCCUCCAGGCUACGAGGGCCGCAACUCCCCCUAUCCCUCCGACUCCAAGACGAACCCCUACAGCAACUCGGGCAACAACGCCGGCUCUUCAUCUAGAAACCAUCAGGAAGAUGAGGAUGCUCGCAUGGCGGCCAGGUUACAGGCCGAAGAAAAUGCGCGGGCCCGCGGUGGUAGCUACAGCGGGGGUGCUGCCGACUCGUACCGCCAGGGACAGAGCACCAGCCCAUACCCUCCGCCUGGAAGCAGCCCCUACUCUCCUCCCCAGCAACAGCAGCAGGGCCAGAGCGGCGAGCGAGGCCUGCUGAGCAGCCUCGCCGGUGGCUUCCUCGGUUCCAAGCUGGCGAACAAGAAUAGCAGCAGCUCGCACAACGCCUCUCCCAGCGGCUUCCCCGGCGCUCCUGGCGCAGGUCCCUAUGGAGGCUACGGUCCGCCACCACCGCAAGGCUACGGACCUCCCCCGCCCCAGGGAUAUGGCCCCCCUCCCCCCGGAUACGGACCCGGUGCGUACGGCGGUGGCUACGGUCCUCCUCCGCAGCAAUACCAGCAAUACGCCCCGUCUCCUCAGCCGGUGAUUGUGCAGCAGCAAGCACCGCCUAAAAAGAGCGGCGGCCUUGGAACCCUUGGAGGAGCUGCUCUUGGCAUCGGUGGUGGUUUGGUUGGUGGUCUGUUGAUAGAGGAUGCCAUUGAUCACUUUGAGGACCGAGGAUAUGAGCAGGGUUAUGAUCAAGGAUAUGAUAACGGAUUCGACAACGGAUAUGACGACGGUGGUGGUGAUUUUUAAAGAGAGUCUGAGCGAGACAAGCCAAGUUAGUUAAAUGAUUGCUAUCAAAUAUAUAGUUUUUUGCAUGGAGGAGAACUUUCUGGGUGAGGGUGAUCAAACGCUUUUUUUUCUUAUUUCUCUGUUUCGUUUGUCUUGAGAGCUAUAUACUAUAUGGCAAGACAAGAUGAUUGUCGUUUGGGCUAGGAAUGGGAGGAUGGCGUUACGGAGUAAAUGCCAAAUACACCAGACUGAUGAUACAGUUUUACAUAUAUAUCUGUGCUCCAUUAUGCCUUUGUUCCAAAUUCGAAGCAUAUACUAUAAUAGCUAGUUACAACGACCUUCCCCAUCAAUAUCCUUAUUACCUACCAGUCUUUGUAUCUAUAUUAUCUUUUUUUUUCCCCCUCAUCGAGCGCUAGAGAUCAUCUCACCUCUUGACGCCUUCUUUUUUACCAGACCCCGCAAGGUAAGCCGCCAUAUCAAAGUUGCCGAGCGGGUUCUGUCCCGCCUGGGCGUUGCCCAUGAUGGCGUUGAGGGGGCUGUCCUUUUGUCGCUCUUCGAAUUCGGCGCGCAG